CGAUCAUCUCUAAGGACAACUUUUUUAGCCAUUAUCUAUGAACCGAUAUUUACAAACACUUCAACUCUUCUUCUUGUUUUUUUUCCAGUAAAACAAAAAAAAAAACAAAAAAAUUUGUGGCCAUGAAAACAAACAACUGCCCCUAUCAUCAUCACACUAUCCUCCAGCUGCAAACAAAACAGAUCAGUCAACAUACUAUAAUUAAAAAGAAAUUGGAUUCCUUACCCAAAAAAAAAAACCCCAUAAGUGGUUCCUUACAUCUUUGAAUUGUCGAUUUGAAUUGUCGAUUCUACUGCCUAUUUGCUUUCUUAUGUCUUCUCGUCCUGCAACUACACAAAUUUGAAUUUGUCAGCAGAUAUUCAGGACAAAUGUCCAGUAACGAUGACAACUGAAUACAGUUUUUAUUACGGAACUUAACCCAACACUUUAUGAAACGAGCUGAAGAUAAUCAUGUACCACCUGUGUUUCCGAAGGCUUGAAGUGGCAUGUCAACUCGGGCAACUGCAAAAGCAGAAGCAGAACAGGCAGAAGUUCUGAAAACAAUCUGCACAAAACAGAGGAAACAGAGACGCUUUUGACUCAUUGUUUAUCCAUUCCGUCUUAUUCCGGAUUACAGAUAAACCCUAUAAACAAACACUCGCUAGUACAAGUGUCACACCCUGAUUUGCUCUUGCGAGAAAACCGUGAACACCACAUGUCAUUUCUAAAACCUUCCCCAAACAACUCCUAACGAUUAUAAUGGUCACCUCCAACGGCUUUUCAAAGACCAAUCUAAAUCUGUAUCUCAUAAACAUAUGCAAAUCUCAAUUUCAGAACAUCAUUCCCAGUUCAUCUCUCUCUUGGCAUCCAAGACAUGCAGAAUUAUUACAAUGGCAAUCACAAGCCAACCUUCAAAGAGAUCAUUUUAGCCUCUUCAAUCGGCUUGAUCAUUGCUGCGGCGAUGCAUUUUCGGUUCAAGAAGAUAAGAGAUCAGAAGAUUGUUGCCAAGUUAAAAUUAGACUCUCGCCAUGUUGAGAAGGUCGAGAGGUUUUCACACUAUGUAGCUAGACAAAUGGGGUUUGCAGAUAGAAGAGAAUGUCCACAACUUUGCAAGUUAGCUUCAGAUUAUAUUAGAAAAGCUGAAGGGUGUGAGGAGAAUUUAUAUUCAUUCUUUGCACCCGAACCGGACGCGGAUUCGCUGUUUAUAAAGCUUGUGGAGGAGUUUGAGAGAUGCACUCUCAGUUACUUUGCAUUCCAUUGGUGUCAAGCUCAUAAUAUGAUCAGUCAGGUGUUAGGUUCUGAUUCUGAGCCAAAAAAGAAGCUCAAAAACAUUGUGAUGGCUGCAACUAGGGAACAGAGAUUCGAGAGGGUGACGAAGAAUCUGAAGGUGGCAAGAGUGUUUAAUACACUGGUGGAGGAAUUGAGAGCUAUCGGAAUUGCAUCAGUUGAUGAUUCACAAUGCACAGACGUGAUGGCUCCGGUGGCUCACAAAGAUAGAAGUCCUGUCCUCCUCUUCAUGGGUGGUGGAAUGGGAGCUGGGAAGAGUACCGUGCUCAAGGACAUUCUGCAAGAACCAUUCUGGGCAGGAGCAGCAGGAAAUGCAGUGAUUAUUGAAGCAGACGCCUUCAAAGAGUCGGAUGUCAUUUACAAAGCGCUCAGCUCGAGGGGCCACGAUGACAUGCUUCAAACGGCUGAACUGGUGCACCAGUCCUCCACCGAUGCAGCAUCAUCCCUCCUGGUAACGGCACUCAAUGAGGGGCGGGAUGUGAUCAUGGAUGGCACACUCUCUUGGUUGCCCUUUGUUGUGCAGACAAUAACCAUGGCCAGGAACGUUCACCGCCGUCGUUACCGUAUGGGAGUUGGAUAUAAGGUGUGUGCAGAUGGAGUCGUAAUUGAAAACUACUGGGAACAGAUAGAAGAAGAACCAGAAAGUGAUGGAACUAAGAAGAGAAGACCAUACAGGAUAGAGCUGGUUGGAGUUGUUUGUGAUGCUUAUUUAGCUGUUAUUAGAGGCAUAAGGAGAGCUAUCCUGUGUAGAAGAGCUGUGAGGGUAAAAUCACAGUUAAAAUCGCAUAAGAGAUUUGCAGACGCAUUCAUAACGUACUGCAAUCUAGUGGACAAUGCCAGGUUGUACUGCACCAAUGCUUUGGAAGGUCCACCUAAGUUGAUAGGAUGGAAAGAUAGAGACAAGACUUUGCUAGUUGAUCCAGAUGAAAUAAAAUGCUUAAAAGUGGUAGCCAGGUUGAAUGAGGAAGCUGACUCCAUAUAUGAACUCUACAAGCGGUCAAAUCCAGCUCACGAAGCAGGAUCAGUAUGGAAAGACAUUGUUUUGUCACCUUCAAGGUUGAAUAUUCAAAAAGAGCUAAAGUAUUCCAUCCAGAGAAUUGAAAGAUUGAAAUUGUAAACAGAUACUGCAGGACCAGCCAAAUUUUCGAAUUGCUCAUGAUGCAUGGUCAAGUGGUGGAGGCUUAACAAUGUUUGACAUUUUAUGCAAGUUUUGUGACCAGGGAAUAUUUUAUAGAUGUUGUACUAAAUCGUCACGGUUUACAUGUAAAUUUCUUUAUCUUGCAAAGUGCAGUUUAGAUCAUGGAAAUUGACAGCAAUAUUUUGUUAAUCUAACUGAGUGUUUGGAUAAAACAUAUGU